GGAAUUCCCAAGUGUGUGUAACAAUUCAGUUGGCACUUCCUUCUUCGAUCACCCUUGUCCUCACUCUCCCACUGGUAUUUUGUUCGUCGAUUCGCCGGCCCAGUCACUUUUCUCUACCGUGUGGUCUGACAAUAAGGCGACCACGGAGACGGGUUCGAUCUCACUCGCGCAGAAAAACACCCGUAGGAGCCACCCGACCAAUCGCCGCCAAGAAAGUUAGAGAGGAAGGGACGGAGAAUGAGUAGGCCGAAGGACUCGCGCGUGAGAGCUCCGUCUUUUGUUGACGGCGGCGCCAAUAGAGGAGGCCAGUCUGCCACACAGGGCGGAAUGAUGCGCGUUACAAGUAAAAACGGGAGUCGGGUCACUCACGUGACGGCGACGGUGGGAGCUCCACCUGACAGGCAGGAGGACAUCAGCUACACGGACCUCAGGAUCAUCGGGAGUGGGUCCUUCGGGGUGGUGUACCAGGCGAGGCUCCUGGAGACCAACGACAGCGUGGCCAUCAAGAAGGUCCUCCAAGACAAGAGGUUCAAGAAUCGAGAGCUACAGAUCAUGAGACGACUCAGCCACUGCAACAUCAUAAGACUGCAGUAUUUCUUCUACUCAUCGGGAGACAAAGUUAGUCCCCCCUACCCCUCCCUCUCCCUCUCUCUCUCUCUCUCUCUCUCCUCUCUUCUUCUCUCUGUAUGUGUUGACAGAGCUCUCCACUAGCUCUGCCACUAAGGCUAUCACAGCUGGGGCAGAAACACAAUCCUCUCAUUAUGAUAUAUAUAUACCACCACCACUGACCUCAGGCUAUCCACUAGAAAGAUAACUGUUUGUGUUAUCAGACUUCCCCAUUGCAUUGAGAGUGUCUUCUGGGACUUUUGGCUUUUCCUCAAAUUUACCGUUUUCCCUUGAAUUGUAGCUCUGUUUCCUCCUUAUGUUCAC